AUGGGGGACGACAGCGAGUGGAUGAAACUGCCCGUUGACCAGAAGUGCGAACAUAAGGUAUGGAAGGCCAGACUGAAUGGGUAUGAAGAAGCGCUGAAGCUUUUCCAGCGGAUAGGGGACGAGAAGAGUCCCGAAUGGGGCAAAUACCUGGGACUUAUCAAAAAGUUUGUCACGGACUCCAAUGCAGUGGCUCAGCUGAAAGGAUUGGAAGCGGCGCUUGUUUUUAUUGAGAACGCACAUGUGGCUGGAAAGACAACAGGAGAGGUGGUGUCGGGUGUAGUGAGUAAAGUCUUCAACCAGCCCAAAGCGCGAGCCAAAGAGCUCGGAACAGAUAUCUGCCUCAUGUACAUAGAGAUAGAGAAAGCGGAGAUUGUCCAGGAUGAGCUCAUCAAAGGACUGGAUAACAAGAACCCCAAGAUUGUAGUGGCCUGCAUUGAAACACUAAGGAAGGCGCUCAGUGAGUUUGGUUCCAAGAUCAUAACCCUGAAGCCAGUAGUCAAAGUGUUGCCAAAGCUGUUUGAGUCUCGAGAAAAGGCCGUGCGAGACGAGGCCAAAUUGCUAGCAGUAGAGAUCUAUAAGUGGAUUCGUGAUGCUUUGCGAACUCCUCUGCAAAACAUCAACUCUGUGCAGCUGAAGGAGCUUGAGGAGGAGUGGGUGAAGCUGCCUGCGGGUGCCCCAAAACAAAGCCGCUUCCUGCGUUCACAGCAGGACCUGAAGGCUAAGUUCGAGCAGCAGCAGGCGACUGGGGGCGACGAGGGCGAUGGUGAUGAUGAUGAUGGAGAAGCUGAUACACAUGUUGAUCCCUAUGAGCUGCUGGAAGCUGUUGAGAUUCUUUCAAAAAUCCCAAAAGAUUUCUAUGAAAAAAUUGAAGCAAAGAAAUGGCAGGAAAGGAAAGAAGCUUUGGAAGCAAUAGAAACACUCUCAAAAAACCCCAAGCUGGAGAGUGGAGACUAUGGGGACUUGGUCCGAGCGCUCAAAAAGGUUGUUGGCAAAGAUGCCAACGUAAUGCUGGUGACCUUGGCAGCCAAAUGCCUAGCUGGACUGGCAGCAGGACUGCGAAAGAAGUUUGGAACAUAUGCGGGCCAUGUGGUGCCAACCGUUCUUGAGAAGUUUAAGGAAAAGAAACCUCAGGUGGUCCAGGCCUUGCAGGAGGCCAUUGAUGCCGUCUUCCUUACUACAACACUUCAGAACAUCAGCGAGGACGUGUUGGCUGUGAUGGAUAACAAAAACCCGUCGAUCAAACAGCAGGCCUCGCUGUUCCUGGCCCGAAGCUUUCGACACUGCACUCCCGCCACUCUGCCAAAAAGCGUCCUGAAGCCCCUCUGUGCCGCCUUCCUCAAGCAAGUGAACGAUUCUGCUCCGGAGGUGAGGGAUGCUGCGUUUGAAGCAUUGGGCACUGCCAUGAAAGUGGUAGGGGAGAAAGCAGUUAACCCAUUCCUGGCUGAUCUGGACAAACUCAAACUGGAUAAGAUUAAAGAAUGUGCAGAUAAAGUCGAACUUGUUGGUGGGAAGAAGGGGGGAGGAGGUGGAGGCGAGAAGAAGGAGAAACCUGCAGCUAAAGCUCCACCUGUGGAAGAGCCUCCACCCAAAGCUGCUGUUGGUGCUCCUAAAAAAGCUCAUCUGGCCAAAGCUGCAGUUCCUCCCAAAAAGGGCAAACCUGCUUCAGCUCCGAGUGCCAAGGCAAAGAAAGCUACAGACGCAAAAGAAAUGGUAGAGACUGAAUUACCUUUGGAGGUCUGUGAGGAGAAGUCGGCUGCUGUGCUUCCAGCCUCCUGCAUGCAGCUGCUGGACAGUGCUAACUGGAAAGAGAGACUGGCUAGCAUGGAGGAAUUUCAGAGGGCUGUUGAGCAGAUGGACAGAAGUCAGAUGCCUUGCCAGGCUCUAGUCAGGAUGUUGGCUAAGAAACCUGGUUGGAAAGAGACCAAUUUCCAGGUGAUGCAAAUGAAGCUGCACAUCGUGGGACUCAUCGCUCAGAAAGGCUCUUUCUCCAAAACAUCUGCUUUGGUGGUGCUGGAUGGCCUGGUGGAUAAGAUCGGGGACAUCAAGUGCGGCAGCAAUGCCAAAGAGGCUCUGACCGCCAUCGGAGAGGCCUGUUCACUGCCCUGGACUGCUGAACAGGUGGUGUCUUUGGCCUUUGCACAGAAAAACCCCAAAAACCAGGCGGAGACGUUAAACUGGCUGGCCAACGCAAUGAAGGAGUUUGGGUUUGCAGGAAUUAACGUGAAGGCUUUCAUCAACAACGUCAAAACUGCUUUGGGUGCCACCAACCCGGCGGUGAGAACUGCAGCCAUCACUCUGCUGGGGGUGAUGUAUUUGUACAUGGGGGCUCCUCUCCGUAUGUUCUUCGAAGACGAAAAGCCGGCCCUGCUUUCACAAAUAGAUGCUGAGUUUGAAAAGAUGCAGGGUCAGUCUCCUCCUGCUCCUAUGCGAGGGAUGACCAAGAAAGGAGCAGAGGAGGAAGGGGAGGAUGCUGAUGAGGAGGAAGUGGACGGAGGAGCUGGCGACAUCAUGGACCUGCUGCCCAGAACUGAUAUCAGUGACAAGAUCACUUCAGACAUGGUGGAAAAGAUUGGUGAUAAGAACUGGAAGAUUCGGAAGGAGGGGCUGGACGAGGUGGCGGCCGUCAUUUCAGAGGCCAAGUUUAUUCAGUCUAACAUCGGAGAGCUGCCGAUGGCACUGAAGGGCCGACUUACUGACUCCAACAAACUACUGGUCCAGCAGACUUUGUCCAUCCUGCAGCAGAUUGCCACAGCCAUGGGUCCAUCCCUCAAACAACAUGUGAGAAACCUGGGCUUCCCCAUCAUCACUGUGCUAGGAGACAGCAAGCCCAACAUCAGAACCACUGCCAUGACGACGCUGAACGCAUGGGUGGAGCAGACGGGACUGAAGGAGUGGCUGGAGGGAGAGGACCUAUCAGAGGAGCUGAAGCGGGAGAACCCCUUCCUCAGACAGGAGGUGCUGGGCUGGCUGGCUGAAAGGCUUCCCACUAUGCGUUCAGUACCUGCAGACCUGAUGCUCUGCAUCCCUAAUCUGUACGCCUGUCUGGAGGACCGCAAUGGAGACGUGCGGAAGAAGGCCCAGGAUGCGCUGCCCACCUUCAUGAUGCACCUGAGCUAUGACAAAAUGAACAAAGCCACUAGCAAACUGAAGCCGGCUUCAAAGGACCAGGUGGUGGCCAUGCUUGAGAAGGCCAGAGCAGUAAUGCCGGCUAAACCUGCUGCACCUGCCAAAGCUGCUCCCUCUAAACCUGCUCAGAGUGCUCCUGCUGCAAAACCUGCCUCAGCUCCAGCUAAAAGCCAGCCUGCAGUGGACGAUUACGGUGUGGGAGAACCCAAAACAGACACCAAGAAGACCAAAUCGGCAGGAUCCGCGGCUAAAAAGGGGGUGGUGGGGAAAAAAGCUCCAGUUAAGCCCACCCCUAAAGACGAUGAGGACAAAUCGGGCCCCAUCUUCAUCCUGGUGCCCAACAGCAAGGAACAGAGGAUGAAGGAGGAGAAAGCGCUGAAGAUUCUAAAGUGGAACUUCAUCACCCCACGGGAUGAGUAUGUGGAGCAGCUGAAGACUCAGAUGGCCUCCUGCCUGGCAAAGUGGCUGCAGGACGAACUCUUCCACUAUGACUUCCAGCGCCACGUCAAGGCCGUCAACGCUAUGAUCGAGCACAUGGAAGCAGAAUCGGAGGCUGUGAUUGGGUGUCUGGAUCUGAUUCUGAAGUGGUUCACUCUGCGGUUCUUUGACACCAACACCAGCGUGCUGAUGAAAGCCAUGGAGUUUCUCAAGCUGCUCUUCACCAUGCUGAGCAGAGAGAACUACCACCUCAGCGAGUACGAAGCGUCCUCCUUCAUCCCCUACUUAAUCCUCAAGGUUGGAGAAUCAAAGGAUGUGGUGCGCAAAGACGUCCGUGCCAUUCUGACCAUGCUGUGUAACGUGUACUCCGCCUGUAAAAUGUUUCCGUUCCUCAUGGAGGGAACAAAGUCCAAGAACUCAAAGCAGAGAUCUGAAUGUCUUGAAGAGUUGGGGUGCCUGAUUGAGAAUUACGGUAUGAAUGUUUGUCAGCCGACGCCUGCCAAGGCACUGAAAGACAUUGCCGUUCACAUCGGUGACCGAGACACAACGGUGCGCAAUGCGGCGCUGAACACGGUAGUGGCAGCGUACAAUGUCUGUGGAGAUCAGGUCUUCAAACUCAUUGGCAAUCUGUCAGAGAAAGACAUGAGCAUGUUGGAGGAGAGAAUCAAGCGCUCAGCUAAAAAGACGCCUGUCGUCUCAGCCAAACAAGAGAGGGCACCAAGAGAGCACCCAGCCAACCCUAACGCUACCUUCCUCCGCAAGCCCGCACAGGAGGAAGUGCCCAACAAACUCAACCAAGCACGGUCUCAGAACGCUCACUCCGAGCACACGGCCCCCUCCAUCCCGAAGGAGUUUCAGCUGGAUCUGGACAUGAUUGAAAACGACCACACGCGGGUCAGCGAGUUCCCUGAUCUUGUUCAGCACAAACUGGAUGAGCUGCUGGAGCCCGUCACCAUCCCCGAACCCAAGAUUCGCUCAGUCUCACCUCAUUUUGACGACCUUCACAACAGCACAGCCUCCACUAUCAACUUUGUCAUCUCACAGGUGGCCAGUGGGGACAUCAACACCAGCAUCCAGGCUUUAGCACAGAUUGACGAGGUGUUACGGCAGGAGGACAAAGCAGAGGCCAUGUCAGGCCACAUCGAUCAGUUCCUCAUCGCCACCUUUAUGCAGCUCAGACUCAUCUACAAUACACACAUGGCUGAUGACCGGCUAGACAAGAAGGACAUCUUCAAACUCUACAGCUGUAUCAUUGGCAACAUGCUCUCGUUGUUCUCUAUGGAGAGUCUGGCGCGCGAGGCGUCUAUGGGUGUACUGAAGGACCUGAUGCACGGUUUGAUCACUCUGAUGCUGGACUCGAGAGUGGAGGACAUUGAAGACGGCCAGCAGCUCAUCCGUUCCGUUAACCUGCUAGUGGUGCGCGUGCUGGAGAAGUCCGAUCAGACCAACAUCCUCAGUGCUCUUUUGGUGCUGCUGCAGGACAGCCUCAUCACCACCGCAGGAUCACCCAUGUUCUCUGAACUUGUCAUGAAGUGUCUGUGGCGAAUGAUCCGUUUCCUGCCAGAAACAAUCAACAGUAUUAACCUGGACCGAAUCCUCUUGGACGUCCAUAAUUUCAUGAAGGUUUUCCCUAAAGAGAAACUGAAGCAGCUGAAGAGUGAUGUGCCCCACCGCACACUGAAGACCCUGCUGCAUACCCUCUGCAAGCUCACUGGAGCCAAGAUACUGGACCACUUGUCCAUGAUUGAGAACCGGAACGAGUCCGAACUGGAGGCCCACCUGAGGCGGGUGGUCAAACAUUCUGGAAACCUCUCCGGUUUCAAGUCUGAUCAAAACACAGAGAAAGGAGCUUUACGAUCAGACGAUAAAGUGAUCAAAGCGAAAGUGAGCGACAUCCUUUCAGAGAUCUUCAAAAAGAUCGGCUCAAAGGAAAACACUAAAGAGGGGCUGACGGAGCUGUAUGAGUAUAAGCAGAAAUAUUCGGAUGCAGACCUGGAGCCGUUCCUGAAAAACACAUCUCAGUUUUUUCAGAGUUAUGUGGAGCGCGGCCUGCGCAUGAUCGAGUCCGAGCGAGAGGGGAAGAGCCGCAUCCAGCCUUCUACAGUUAUUCCGCAGCACAGCACAGAGUCCUACACCCCCAGCCACAGCUCCAUGUCGGUUAACAGUAACGGGGAGGAUUUGAAACCCGCCGUUUAUUACGAACGACUGAAGAUCCUCCGGCAGCGCCAUGGACUGGAGAAUGCUAAGCAGCAGCAGCAGCAACAGCAGGACGACGAACGUCCUCCUUUCUCCUCUCUGUCCAAACCGCCGCUGGCCUCCUCCACAGACAUGCUCCACAGCAAACUCUCUCAGCUGAAGGAGUCACGCGAGUCUCACUUCCAGCAGGACUCGCGCUCACACAGCCCUGGUCGCGCCUCCUCACCCGCCGCCAACCUCGAUGACCUCAAGAAGAGGCUGGAGCGCAUCAAGAGCAACCGCCAGUAAAAAUAAAUAAAAUAAAAUAAAAUAAAUAAAUAAAAAAAAAAAAGCUAUACAGCAUCACGAUUCACACCCCUAACCCCAGUCUAGUGAGCCGCUGCUACCUAGACCCCUAACUCCUCCACCUUCAUGCUAGUUUUCUCACCUUCUGCUCUCAGCUCGGACGUUUUUCAGGUCAAACUUAUGUAUAGAUUAAGAAAAUAUGAAUAGGAAAAAAAAAAGAAACCACAAGUUUGUCUCAUUGUAUAAAAUUAAGUGAACUACAUUUUUGUUUAGUAUUGUGCACAAAUGUUUGGGGUUUUUUGUUUGUUUGUUUGUUUGUUUGUUUGUUUGUUUGUUUGUUUUUUGUAUAUACUCACAGACGCUAACCACUCCAGGCUUUUUCGUGUCAUGUUUAGGAUUUGCAGUGGACGGUUUCUUUGUGCAGAGUGCUGUAAUAUGUGUAACUGGAGCUGUCCAAACUUUUGUUUUUGCUUUUUUUUUUUUUUUUUUUUUUUUUUUAUAUUUAAUAGACGUUUUAGGGAAAUUAAAUCUCUCUCGCUCUCUCGCUCGCUCUCUCUCUCUCUCUCUCUCUCUCUCCACUGUUUGUCAUUUUUACUUUUUCCAUCUUGGAAGCGCUUGUAAAACUUGAAGGAUCGAUUUUGUUCUUUAAUUAAUUAAGGAGCAUGGCAUGAAGUACGUAAUGUUAUUUUGUAAAUAGUUUGCAUUACUAAACCCUGUUUUAUUAAUUACUUUUUUUUGGUUAAUAAUAUUCCAACAUCUUGCACUUGUUAGCAGAAUGUUGGCGAUUCUGAUGCAUUGUUUUGUAUUUCAUUCAAGUAGUGUUCAACUGUUGCUAUUGAGUUUAAGUGUAUAAUCUAUAGUGAAAAUGGCAAUAAAGAUUUUUUUUAAUAUAAUUUAACAAACUAUAA